AUGCCGGCUGGGUUUCAGAAGCUGGGUGGAGAGAGAGUGACUGGAACCCUCAUCUUGUCCGUGUUCACAGCGGUGCUGGGAUCCCUGCAGUUCGGCUACAACAUCGGAGUCAUCAAUGCACCCCAGAAGAUUAUCGAGCAGGAGUACAACGCCACAUGGCUGCACCGCUAUGCUGCGCCCAUCCCUCACGGCACGCUCACCACGCUCUGGUCCCUGUCGGUGGCCAUCUUCUCCAUCGGGGGCAUGAUGUCGUCCUUCUCCGUGGGCGUCGUGUCCGAGUGGCUGGGCAGGAGGAAGGCCAUGCUUAUCAACAACCUCCUGGCCUUCAUUGGUGGAGGAAUGAUGGGCAUGUCCAAGCUCUGCCAAUCAUUCGAGAUGAUGAUCCUGGGCCGCUUUUUCAUUGGUGCCUAUUCAGGAUUGGCGUCGGGGCUGGUGCCGAUGUACGUGGGUGAGAUUUCCCCAACCAGCCUGCGAGGGGCGCUGGGCACCCUGCACCAGCUGGCCAUUGUCAUCGGCAUCCUGCUGGCGCAGAUCCUGGGACUGGAGUCUCUCCUGGGAACAGAGGAGCUGUGGCCUGUGCUGCUGGGGUUGACUGUGCUGCCCACUGUCCUGCAGAUGGCGCUGCUGCCCUUUUGCCCCGAGAGCCCUCGCUACCUCUACAUUAUCCGCUGCCAGGAGCACCAUGCCAAGAGCGGCCUGCGCAGGCUGACGGGGCGCCUGGAGGUGGACGAGGACCUGGCGGAGAUGAAGGAGGAGAAGAGGAGGAUGGAGAUGGAGAGGAAGGUGUCCAUUGCGGAGCUGUUCCGCUCCCCACUGUACCGGCAACCCAUCGGCAUCGCCAUCCUGCUGCAGCUGUCCCAGCAGCUCUCCGGGGUCAACGCUAUCUUCUACUACUCCACCAGCAUCUUCGAGAAGGCAGGCGUGGAGAGUCCGGUCUACGCCACUAUCGGAGCCGGUGUCGUCAACUGUGCCUUCACUGUGGUGUCGCUGUUCCUGGUGGAGAGGACGGGACGCCGGACACUGCACAUGCUGGGGUUGGCUGGCAUGGCGGUGUGUGCCAUCAUCAUGACAGCUGCACUCGCCCUAUUGGACCGUGUGCCCUGGAUGAGCUACAUCAGCAUGCUGGCCAUCUUUGGGUUCGUGGCGUUCUUCGAGGUGGGCCCGGGUCCCAUCCCCUGGUUCUUCGUGGCCGAGCUCUUCAGCCAGGGACCCCGCCCUGCCGCCAUGGCCGUGGCCGGCUGCUCCAACUGGACCGCCAACUUCAUCAUUGGCAUGAGCUUCCAGUACAUUGCUCAUUACUGUGGGCCCUACGUCUUCCUCAUCUUCGCCGCCCUGCUACUCUUCUUCCUGCUCUUCACCUUCUUCCGCGUACCGGAGACGCGCGGCAAGACCUUCGACCAGAUCUCCGCGGGCUUCCGGCGCUGCCCCGGCUCGCUGCUGGACAUGGAGGAGAAGCGCAGCACCGAGCUGGAGGACCUGGGGGAGGGCAGCCUGUCCUAGGGUUGCGUGUUGGGGGCUGGGGGAGGGGGGAGGGAGGAGUCAGGGCAAAAACAUGAUUAAGAGGACGUGCAUCAAAGACUGAGAACACAAGGCACUUUACACAGCUGAAGGCAUCUGGAGUGAGUAACCUAGCUAUGCUUUAAUCUGAAUCUAAUCUGGGUUUCUCAAGCAAUGGCUGGAUGAGAUUAUCAUGUAACAAUCAUGGGAUCAAUAAAUCACUGACGCCCACCAGAGCAGAAUGGGCCAACUGGCCUUGUAACCUUGUUCUAAACAGGCCUGGUUGAACCACAACCCAGGGCUACUGCAGUUACCCUGAGCAGGCAAGUGCACGGGAGAGGGACCGUAGCAAAAAGAAGACAGUGUUGGUAAUCUGACACGCCUGGUUGGUUUACGGUUUUAUAAAUGCAGUCACAGUUAAGGAACUGGUUACACCAGGCCUACUCCUUUAGGGCAACUAUCCGGUAGGCCUGCAGGUCUCCUUUGGAAGACCACAAGGCCUUGGAAAUGGCAUCGCAUUAGUGCAGUUUAGGUUUAAUUGGACCAAUUUCACCUUCCUGCACAGGUCCAUUGAUGAUUUAAGGAGACCUGCACCACCUGCUGGCCUCAAGAAGCUAAGACAGGGAAGUUUAGCUUGAAGGCUUUGGCGGUUGGAAGGCCUUGAGACUGUUGUAUAGAAUAGGGACUGAAGAAAGACUCCCAUAUAUUGCAUUUCCAGGCAGACACCUUGUCUAACGGGGGGCUUUUUCCUUCAUUUAGCUCAGAUGUUAAAUGUAAAUAGUUAUAAGAGAAUCAUGAAAACAUUUCACUUUAUCCUUUCCUUGGUUGAAGAAUACACAAGAGGGGGAGAUGAUUUGGUACAUCCAUGGUGAAAAAAGGAAGACACUUGGCCCACAGACUCAGAACACCGGCCAUCCAGGUUCCAGAGUGCAGAAUUACACAGAACCAGCACUCACUCUAGAAACCAAGUCUUCCUCUCCCAAAGUCCCCCCAAUAACCUAUCAAGAACCUCUAGCCUUCUUCCACCAGUUAACCUUUAGUCAGCUCCAUCCCUUUAGAAACACAGGGAUGGGGGGACAGCUCUCAGAACGCAGCUCAUUAAAUGGACAACCUUCCACUGAUCCCACCACAGAAAAAAAGAAAGCAGGAAAAUUCCAUGAAUGUACAUAGCAUUAUUUAUCAAAGGAGGCUUAUGUGAAUUAUGCAUGACUUUUGCCUCAUCCAGAGCCAUCUAUGUAUGCAAAUGGUUCUACUGUGUUUUGUAGAAUUUGUAAAAUGCGAAACUGUAUUGCAAUUCAUUUGAUUUGUAUAAAAGAAGGAAAAUAA